GUGUCUGCCAUUUUGUCGUUAAUUGACUAUAUUAGUGUUCGCUCUUUCUCUCUAUCCACACCUUGUUUGUGGUGUUUGACCUUCAGGCUUCAUCAGGGUUACCCAGGGGUCGUCCAGUUAGCUACGCCUCCGCCUUUGUUUUCAGAUGGAAUGCGAAAUCUAGGCGUUGUAAUUGUUUUUAUUGAAAACUGUUCCUUGAAAACAUGUUUGUAGACCACUACAUACGCAGAGUCCCACAAAACUCACUCAUACUGAAAACUGUGGUUUCGUUCUGCCUCUGAAGUGCAUAACUGCCAGCGCUGUCAGUUGACUGAAUCUUGACUGUGCAUUCUUACAGUACCGUUUACCAAUGAAAAAUGGCUCAGUUAGGGCUUGUUUUCUAGGGUCACUAUUCAGCUGUGCAGUUCUCUAAAUCAGUGGCUCUUAAACUGGUCUUCUGGGAUCCUAGAUGGUCCACAUUUAUGCUUGAUUGUAUCUCCUAACAUUUAAGGAUAGAGCAAAAAUAUGGACCAUCUGAGGGUCCCUGAGGACUGGUCUGAGAAUCUCUGCUCUGAAAUGUCAGUUGCAAACGUUGGUUAAGGGGCCACUUUCAUUCUGAUCUUCCUUAGAUAAGAGUCAUGGUUCAUGUUUGUAUGUUGUUUGGCUUUUAAUUACUAUGAGUUUCACUAUGAUUUUCCUUAAAUAAGAGUCAUGGUUCAUGUUUGUAUGUUGUUUGGCUUGUAAUUACUAUGAGUUUCACUAUGAUCUUCUUUAGAUAAGAGUCAUGGUUCAUGUUUGUAUGUUGUUUGGCUUGUAAUUACUAUGAUAGUAAUGAAGAUAAAUUCUUGACAUUGGUGGGCAAUAAAAUUGUAUUCUAUUCUUGAUAAAUCUGGCAGUUGAGUUCUGUGGAGCUGUCUGACUCUUAAAAUCUGAUUUGUGGCAUUCACCAUAAAGGCAAAAAAGUUGACUUGUGGUAGUAAACUCCACCUCGUCACACUUGUCUUUAUUUACUUCACUGAUUUUGAUUUACUUUCUCUUCCCAAAAAUGCAAAGGGCUGAAUACAAGUCUCUGGUGUAGUAUACCCAAAUAGUUCAGUUGACCUGGUUGACCCUAGUGCCACCUGUUGCGCUUAUUUCUCCAGAUUUGCCAAUAAAGAUUUUUUUUAGGUAGCUAGAACAGUGUUGUUAGUAGUUAUUUUAGUGCUCGGUUUUGUCCUAUAUAAAGGAUGUAGUUAUUUUAAUGAUGACAUGUAGGCCUACGAUUAAUUUCUUCAAGAUAUUAAAUAUUCAGGUGUUUGUGUGUGUGGAAGAGGUGUGUGUUUUUAAGGGGUUAGUUUUCUCUACUCAGCUCCUUUGUGGUUUUAAUUUAAGUCGCUCACACACGCUCCCACACAGAAGUGAAACGUUUGUGGUCAGGAGUGUGUGUGUGUGUGUGCGCGAGCGCCUAUAUUUGUGUGAUUGGUAGUGAGAUUUUUAGAUCUCUGCACCUUAACCAGACAGCAGUUUCAUUUCUCUCUCCCACACACGCGCUUGGUGUGGAUGGUGAAAGCCUGACUUAUCAUUUGAGGACAAAAAAAAAAAACCUUUAACUAGAUGACAAUCUCUGCAGUACGAGGGCAGUUUUUUGUGGAUUCCGUUCAGGCAGUGUAUGGCAGGAGGCUUUUGAAGCAGAGCUGGCAGGCUAUGACCGCGAGAGGCUAAUCUCAGCGCAGAGACUCUGGCAUCUUUAACUGAUUUGGCAGAUAUUAACAGUAAUUGCUGAAAUCUAGAAAGUGCUCUCACAGACCAACGAGGAACAAAUAUCUCUGACCUAAAAGCUGGCUGAAUUGGCCCAGUGUGAGCACAGCAUACAUGUGAUUGCUUUGUGAAAAGGAAACCACGGACCUGCCGAAUCUUUCUCUCCGUCCGUCUUCUGAUGCAGAGGUCAUGGGGACUCAGUUUGGUUUGGGCUGAGGUGUUGUAGGGGUCCCACCCCUUUCUUUUUCCCCUCCUUUCCUCCCCUCCUCUUGCUCUCUGAGCGAGGGGUAGGGUUGGACCCUUUUUAGUCUUUUUAGGUGUCAAGAGGAAACACCACCACUGUUGCACGUCGAGAGAACAGUACAGAGAACGCAAAACUCUCUCCACACAUAUAUACACAUACUGAUGAAGCCGUGCCAGACACUGAAGGAAGAAGUAUCUGACCUAGAAGCCAUGUCGCAGGAAGAGGGUCAAAGAGCUCAUCCUGCACAAACCUACUAUCACCACACCCCUUCAGCAGACAGCGACCUAUCAGCAAAGCUCUACAGGCAGGAGGCCGGGGCCAAGCCCUAUUCAGUGUUGGUCGACAACAAGAUGACCACCAAACCAGUAACACAGGUGGCCCCUGACCUAGAACCAAACCCCGUUCCCCUUCAGCAGUACUACAAAGAAGGUUCUGGAGUGAGUGGGAGCGAGGGGGCCACACGAGGGGAGAAAGACGGAACAUCUGAGGAUACAGAGGAAGAGGAUGGAGGCCAGGAGGAGGAAGAGGAAGAGUUUAAAC